GCUACAUUUCCUGGCUCAAGUUUGUCCAUGUUCCUUUGCUUUACCCGGCUAGGUUCAAUGACAUUCCGGCUUUCAUAAGGAGAAAUAUCGAGGUUUGAAUAUAUAAAAAGCUCCAAGAAUGGCAUUAACGUAUGUUUUCAGAUCAAUCAGAACAGAGUUCUCAAAGGUCUGCACCGUUCAUCAUGCACAGUCUUUACACACAGGAUUUCCAGUUCUGGCUGCAGAGAAAGCUCUCCUUAUGAAACUACGCAAAAGUACUGGCUACACAUUCAUUAACUGCAAAAAAGCAUUGGAGAAAUGUGAUAAUGACAUCACAAAGGCAGAGAGCUGGUUACAUGAGCAGGCCCAGAAAGAAGGCUGGAGCAAGGCCAGCAAGCUGGAGGGGAGGAGGGCCAAAGAGGGGCUGAUUGGUCUGUUUGUAGGAGACAAAGCUGCAGUUAUGGUAGAGGUGAACUGUGAGACAGACUUUGUUGCCCGUAAUGAGAAGUUCCAACAGCUGGUGAAGGAUGUGGCGUUCGCCACCAUGGCUCACCACAGCAGUAAAAACCAGGGCCAAACUGGAUAUGUGAAGAGUCUCCUGGCAGCAGAGGACCUCUCGAAAUUGAACUUGGGUGAAGGUGCUUCUCUGGCUGAUCAGCUGGCCCUUACAAUAGGUCGUCUGGGUGAGAACAUGUCAGUGAGGCGGGCGGUGACGGUUGGUAUCCCUGCAGGCUGGCAUAUCGGCUCCUACAUCCACGGUGGUGUGGCGGGUCAGUCUGAUAUGGCCAUGGGGCGAUACGGCGCCCUCGUGGUGUUCCAGGGGGGCAAGGACGGGGCGCAAGACACCCUGGGGAGGAAGCUAGGGCAGCACGUAGUGGGAGAGGCCCCUGUAUCCCUGGGCAACAUGGAUGACCUGCCCUGUGGGGAUGCGGAGACGCGCCUGCUGCCCCAAUCCUUCCUCCCUGACCCUAGUAGGACAGUGGCCCAGUACCUGACGGAGCAGGGGGCACGAGUUCUGGACUUUGUCCGCUUUCAGUGUGGGGAGGUUGGCAGUGAUGGGGCACAUUGAAGGGUAGAGGAGAGCAUCUCAGAGACCUUACAGGUCAUGUUUUAUCUGCCUUUUAUUUGUUUCUAAAUUAGGCCAAAGUGCAGACGGUUAUUUGAUGUCAUGCAAAUGCAUUCAACCAAUUUCAAUGUCUCAUGUUUUCAUGCCUUGUGUGAUAAGCUUAAUAUGUGUACCAAAAUGACACAUGCUGUAGGAUAAAUUAACUGAAUCACCCCAACAAUAAAAUAUAUUUUAAACUGUA